GCUCAAACUGUCCAAGUUGCUGAAGUUGAACCACAGUCACAGCCACAGCCUUCCCCAGAACUUCUGCUUCCAAAUUCUCUGAAGCCAGAAGAAGGGCUUGAAGUAUGGAAAAACUGGGCACAGACCAAGAAUGCUGAGCUAGAGAAGGAUGCUCAGAACAGACUGGCACCCAUUGGGAGGCGUCAGUUGCUGCGAUUCCAGGAAGAUCUCAUCUCUUCUGCUGUGGCCGAGUUGAAUUAUGGGCUUUGUCUAAUGACACGGGAAGCUCGAAAUGGAGAAGGUGAACCCUAUGACCCAGAUGUGCUGUACUAUAUUUUCCUGUGUAUUCAAAAGUAUCUUUUUGAAAAUGGACGGGUUGAUGACAUUUUCUCCGAUCUUUAUUAUGUUCGAUUCACGGAGUGGCUGCAUGAAGUUCUGAAGGACAUUCAGCCCCGAGUUACUCCACUUGGCUAUGUCCUGCCCAGCCACGUGACUGAGGAGAUGCUGUGGGAGUGCAAGCAGCUCGGCGCUCACUCCCCUUCCACCCUGCUGACCACCCUCAUGUUCUUUAACACCAAAUACUUCCUGUUGAAGACAGUGGACCAGCACAUGAAGCUGGCCUUCUCCAAGGUCUUACGACAGACAAAGAAGAACCCCUCUAAUCCUAAGGAUAAAAGCACGAGUAUUCGGUACCUGAAGGCACUUGGGAUACACCAGACUGGCCAGAAAGUUACAGAUGACAUGUAUGCAGAACAAACGGAAAAUCCAGAGAAUCCACUGAGAUGUCCUAUCAAGCUCUACGAUUUCUACCUCUUUAAAUGCCCCCAGAGUGUGAAAGGCCGGAAUGACACCUUUUACCUGACGCCCGAGCCGGUGGUGGCCCCCAACAGCCCAAUCUGGUACUCAGUCCAGCCUAUCAGCAGAGAGCAGAUGGGACAGAUGCUGACUCGGAUCCUGGUGAUACGAGAAAUUCAGGAGGCCAUUGCAGUGGCCAACGCAAGCACCAUGCACUGAGAUCCCUCAGCCAUGGUGCAAGGGAGACCAUCCAGGAAAAAACGGACACUUUCACACUAAAGAAGAGGCCUCCAUUUUUUUCUUUUCUUUUUUUAUUGGUGUAGUUAUGAACCCUUUCAGACUGCUUCUAUUUCAAAUGUAAAAGGAAACUUUGCCCCCUGUGCAUCUUCAUAAACGUGCUGUGGCAGACUUCUCAGCCCAUGGGGGCUCUGGGUUUCCUGAGAGCCAGAUGUCCUAGACAGUUGCUGGCUGACUUUUUUUGUGUGGGGCCUGAGGAAAGGGCUUGGACUGUUAGGAGAAAUGUCGCCCCUUCCCUUCCUCCAGAAAGAUGGAAUUAAUGAUGGAUGGACCCUCCAGGGAAUCUCCCCAGCUGGCUUCCACUCUGACUGGCAGACUUCGCUGACCACAGGGGAGCCAUGGUCUUUUCUUUCUUCAUGCUCAGACAUAAACCUAGCAUCUUAAUGGAAGGAAAAUGAGGGGAACUUCAAUUAUGAUUUAUUAAAGACAAUUUCUAUUACACCCUCCUUUAUGACACGUGACAUUUUAGAUGUUAAAGUAAAAACUUUACCAUGUCUUUUUUUUUGGCCUAACAUUGAGGCCUUAAACCUGAGGCUUCUGUGCCUGAUGGAAUUCUUGUAACAUACACUUGUGUAUCAUAUAAAGAUACCACUCUGUUUCUCUUAUGUAUUCUUAAUUUAGUUGUUUAUUAAGAAUGACAAGCACGUCUUUUCAA